AGUGCGCGCUCAGCUCCCGUCCAGGAUGGGUAACCCAAGACGCAUUCAUGACCAGCAUCAGGGCCGCCAUGGCCUGGCCAAGAUGACAGGGCGACUACUGUUGAUGGGACUGCUUGUGGUCCAGUUGGCCCGACCAAGUCAGUCCAUUGAGUGGACCCUGCCCGAUGUCAUAGACUCGAUUGGCUCCGUCAGCACGAGCAUCAUCGAUCCCAGCCUCCUGCCCACUCCCCAGGGCCUGCUCGAUGGCAGCAAGCAGUUGAUUGCCGGCUACCCCUUUGAGUAUGUCUCCAGCACUCUCAAUUUCAUAUGUUCCCAGGCCCUGUCCUCGCAUAAAAUCAAGUCCAAGUUUACGCCGGACAUCAAUAAGAUGAACUUCCAGCUCCAGGGAGCCUGCACCAAGACCAACUUUGCGCUUACCGACGCGGAAUCCAUGUGGAAGAGCCCGGAGUUUAAUCCCAAGAAGAAGGUCGUCAUCUUGGCCACCGGCUGGACCACCACAGUGAAUGGCUCCGACACCAUAGAUGUCCUGUCCAAGGCCUAUAAUUGUCGCGGUGAUGUCAACUUUGUGGCUGUGGAUGCGGCUCGGUUCGUGGACACCCUGUACACAUGGUCGGCUUUCAACACGGAGGAGAUUGGCGAGAACAUUGCCCAUGGCCUGGUCCAUUUGCUGGACCUGGUGCCCGUGGAAAACAUUCAUCUUAUUGGCCACAGUCUGGGCGCUCACAUUGUGGGCUCUGCGGGUCGCCAUCUGCAACGUCUGACGGGCAAGACGAUACCACGGAUCACCGGCCUGGACCCGGCCAAGCCAUGCUUCAACGAGGGCGAGAUUCUUUCCGGCCUGCUGCGCGGCGAUGCCGCCUUCAUUGACGUGAUACACAGCAACCCGGGGGUGCUGGGCAAGAAGGAUCCGCUGGGGGACGCCGACUUCUAUCCGGGCGGCAUCCAUCCGUUGCCCGAGGGCUGCUACUCGGUGGUCUGUGCCCAUGCCCGCGCCUGGCAGUACUACGCGGAGUCCGUCUUUCCCGGCAACGAGCAUAACUUCAUGGCCACGCGAUGCAACUCAAUGCAGCGCCUGCGAGAUCUCCGCUGCCCGGGCAACGAGCACCCCAUGGGCUACGCCGCGCCGACCACCAUCCGGGGCAACUACUUCCUGGAGGUCAGCGGCACAUCCCCGUACGGCAAGCAUGCCAACAUCGUGCGCACGAUGAGUCAUGAGCAUUGCGGCGUCUGUCCCAAUGGGCCGGACUCGACCACUACCCCGACCUCGACUCCGAGCCAGUCCUAAGCCUAUCCCUAUUCCUAUUCCUAUUCCUAUUCCUUUCCUAUUCUAAUAUAACCUUCUCAAACAUAAUCUCUACUGCAUAUCUAUGCACAUAUAUGUAUCGCUAGAGCUAGAGUAAGGCCUUGUUAUUGUUUUUCUUGUUUAUGCUCUCUAUCACUCUGUUGUUGGCUAACGCGGCCUGCUCUCGCUCUCGGUCUCGGUCUGGGCCUGGCCCGAUUGCGGUUGGCCGAUAAGCAAAAUACAAUUUGCCUUCUAAGCGUUGACAAUUCAA